AUGGCAACAGAGCCUGAUGAAGUAACAGUCAUAGUUGUCAGUGCUAAAGGGUUACAGGGCAAAAAACCAGGAAGACACAAGUUCUCAGUGAUCUUUGGUGUAGGUAAUAAGAAAUAUCGAACUGCUGUUGUCAAGCAGCCAGAGCCAGAAUGGAACGAGGAGUCUGUUAUUCAUGUAAACAACAUUCUAGACCAGGUGUUCUUCAUUGUGACGGAGAAGGAAGAUAUACUUGGUCAGGUGAACAUCCCAGUUACCUCCCUUCAGGGAUCACCAGGACGCAAUAUGAAGUCAACACUUCAGCCUCACAAAAAAUGUUCCAAUCCAAAAGGAGAACUUGUGUAUCAAUGUUACGUCUCCCAGAGGCGUCCUGCAGGAAUGAACCAGGAGUCCAAAUCUCCAACUUUAUCACAUAAGUACAGGAAGGACAGACGUGGCUCCACUUUAUCUAGUCUAAACAAGAAGUUUUCACGCUCUAUUCAUGACCUUUUAAGCUUUGGCAAAGCUAACAAUAAUGAGGAGGAUAGUGGCUCGAAACUUAAGUCCAAACAUGGGCCAAAGUUCAUGAGUAUCAGCUCGGGGCUAGACAGCUCCGGAAAGCUGCCUGUGAUAUUAAGUGUAAGCCCCAAUGUGGGUCUGACAAGUGGAGGUACACGUAUUACAAUUAUUGGUAAGAACUUGGGCUACAGUAAGAGUGAUAUUGUGGACCUGACGAUUUGUGAAUGUGACUGUGUAGACUACAUCGAAUACGAGUCUGCCUCCAAAAUCCAUUGUAAAACAAAGUCAACUCUCCCAGGCAAGGGUGACAUCAUCCUGGAAACAGAGUCAGGUGGCAUAGGUACUCUCCGUAAUGCAUUUGCUUUUGUUGAUAAACUCCCUGAAAACGGCGUGAACCCAUUUGAUAGCCCUAACCCAUUUGAUGAUGAUGCAGAUUCUGACGAACAUGCGAGUUUCACUAUUGGAGAUUCUCCAGAAAUGCAAACAAAAGCAAUAUCUAUACCAGUGCCAUCACAAAAAGGAGGCAGUGUGUCCAGUAUUUCACCACCGACCAAGAAACACUUCAUGAAACACCUGAGGAGAGCUAGUGAAGGACACGUUCUACAACAGAUGAAAGCAGGACCGAUGGUUGCUACUCCUCCAGUAUCACCUACACCCAAUAAGAUUGAACAAUUGCAGCACCAAGUCCAGGAACUUAAAAAAGAAAAUCAAGCCUUGAAACAGGAUAACAAAGACAUGAAAGCAUAUAUAGACAAGCUGGUGGCAAAGGUGAUACAGCAUUGCCCUGAUGCCCUCGAAUCAGACCAAAUGCAAAACAGGUGGAGAUAA